AACCAACCACAGCAGCUACAAGUUGAGAUUUCUUCAUUUCCGCAAAUAGGAGUAAUUAAUUUCAUAAAUACUUUAUAACCAAACAAACCCCUUUCAGUUUAAACAGGACGCGGCAUCUCAGUUUCUCACAUCCUCAAGCAAAACAGCUAUGAGCACGCAGAGACAGAGUGUGAAUUUGGCAGUGAUCAUCAAGAAUCCACUACACAACGCCCAAUUCCUGCUCACCAAGCAAACCCUACCUCCCAAAUUCAACGACACUGAGUAUGAUUCCUAUCAAGAUUCUGAUCUUUGGGACUUGCCCUCUGCACAAUUAUCACUUCUUGAUCGCUCGUUGACUCCUAGUCAAGCUCAAUUUCAAGUUGAGGACAAUUCUCUGGCCGAAUUGUUGCAUCAGUUUGAUGUCGGCUCCGCUACUGAUCUGGUUCUCAGACGAGUGGGAUAUGAGAAGACCACGAACAUAAAGUGGAACCUCUUGAAGGUAAUAGAGGAGCCUGAAUUUGGACCAGGGGUUCCAGUUAUGACUUUGUAUAUUGUCGGAGAAUUGGAAGUUCAUGAUUGGAAGUUACAAGAUUGCUACAAGUGGAUGAGCACGCAAAGUUGUGCAGAUUUGCUUCUGGAAGUGAAACCUCAGAAUGAACGUAUAGGGCCAUUAGUUGUUUCUGGUCUUCUGAAUGAUUCACUUCAAAGUACAAACUUGCAUAUUCCUUCCACCUUGAGAUGUCAGGAAUACCCUCCUGGUGUUAAUCUUGUGCCGAUGAAAAGCAGAACAGCAAAGCCUUUCCACACUACAAACUUGAUUAUCUUUGUGCCUGGUACAAGUGAUAAUGACUUCGGUGGUGAUAAUUUUCUCGCAAGAGGAGAUGCUCUCAUUGUAGAUCCUGGAUGCAGCUCCGGUAUGCACAAAGAGCUGGAACAAAUUGUUGCUGCACUUCCGCGGAAGUUGAUCGUGUUUAUCACCCACCAUCAUCAUGAUCAUGUCGAUGGUCUCUCAGUUGUCCAGAAGUCUAAUCCUGAUGCCACUCUCUUGGCCCAUGAGAACACAGCUAGACGAAUUGGGAAAGGUGAUUGGUCUCUGGGAAAUAUUCCAGUAAUGGGAUCUGAAGAAAUCUCUAUUGGUGGCCAACGCUUGAGAUUCAUAUCAGCUCCGGGGCAUACAGAUGGCCAUGUUGCAUUACUUCAUGUUGCUACUAACUCAUUGAUAGUGGGGGAUCAUUGUGUAGGCCAAGGAAGUGCACUCUUGGAUAUUACGGCUGGUGGGAAUAUGAGUGAAUACUUUGACACAACAUACAAGUUUAUGGAGUUGUCCCCGCAUGUAUUAAUACCAAUGCACGGUAGAGUUAACAUGUGGCCGAAGCACAUGCUCUGUGGGUAUCUCAAAAACCGCAGACAGAGAGAAUCUACCAUCUUGAAGGCUAUUGAAGAUGGAGCAAAAACAUUGUUUGACAUUGUAAAACAUACAUAUGCUGAUGUUGAUCGCAGUCUAUGGAUCCAUGCUGCAUCAAAUGUGAGACUCCAUGUUGAUCAUCUAGCCCUGCAGAAUAAAUUGCCUCAGGACUUCUCUCUAGAUUAUUACAGAGGCAGUAUAGCUGAAUUUGCAGCAAGUAUGGGUAAAAUAUGAGCACGACGAAAGCUACUACUCCUUUAAGACCUUGCCAACUUUGUAUCAUCUUAGGUAGGGCAGCUUCAUUACAAAUAACCAAGAUGAAUAUUGCUUACUGGGUUUGAGUUUUCUCUCCCCAACCCCCUCCCCGAAACACCCCCGUUUCUGUGUGUUUGGGUGUUCAUGUAUGUGUGCGUUUGACAAGAAGCUCUUCUGGUUUGCCAUGUCAGGAAUUCUCAAUGCAGAGAUUUCAAUCGUCUUGCAAGCUGAAUUUCUUUUCGCGUUGGAUGUGGGACUAUCUUAUAUGCAGCGCGCUUUCCAUUAAGCAUCAUCAUCUACAGAUAGUUAAAGUUGCAGGAGCAGGCGCAGCAGCUUCUGCUGCUCUUCUUUACCUCCGUUCAAGAGAUACUUAGUUCCAACAAAAACGAGUCGCCUAAUCCGCAAGGAAAAAACAAAGCAAAAAAGAUUUGGAACAUUUGCCAACUAUUAUCUGUUGUAAAAGAUUCAGUUAGUAUCAUGCUCAUAUCAAUAGAAGGAUCUUGAUUUAUUUGUUUCUA